CACGAAUAGAACACGAAUAUAGAAUUGAAUUUCAUGGUAUUGUAAUCGCUAUAAAUUUGAGUAGACUAUUUUUAAUACAUCGAUCAGCAAAAGACCUUCGCAUUCCACAAUCACAGCAACAAAAUG